AUAUGCAUUGUAAUGAAAAGCAAUUUUAUGAAUGUAAGACUUAAAAAGGAUCCCUCUCUUUCUCUCUCUCUCCCUACAGCUCUCCCCUUUUUCUGUGAACUGUGAACUGUGAACUGUGAACUGUGAACGUGAUUACCAGAAUCACAGCAGAGCCGCACUAAAUGCAAGUUCACUCUCUUCCAACCAAUCUCUCUCCCUUUCUCCUUUUUUCUCUUCUUUACUUCUUCUCUUCUCUUACCUUUCUCUUUCUUCUUAUCUCCCCACUUUCCUUCUCUCUUCUUCCUCUAAACCCCUGGCAAUGUUUCUGAGCCUUCUCUGACCUUCAAUCCCUUCAUCUCCUUCCAAAUGGGUUGUUUUGUCAGUACUUCUAAGCAUUCUUCUUCUUCUUCUUCUUCUUCUUCACCUCCCCACCAUUCUAGAUCUGCCUAUUCCCAUCCCAAACUCAAUCGCAUUGCAAACAGAGCACCCCCUCCACUUGACGAAGAGUCUGUCAAAGAGGUUCUCUCUGAAACUCCCAAACCAAAAACCCUUUUGUCCAACCACGACGAAUCUGCCUCCCGGAAGGUCAAUGGGAGAAUCCCCAUUCAUCCCACUGAAGAAAUUUCUGAGGUUUCUGACGUUUGCAGCUUUAGUGAAACCCUAUCUACUACGACUGUAACAGAGAAGCUGGAUGAUUUCGAAGAAAUACGUCAGAGGAUUUGUAGAUCUCCAGCUAAAUUGCCCAGAAGCCGGUCUCCCUCCAACGAUUGGGCUCCCAAGAGGGAUAGAAUGGUUGGUAAAUCGCCAACGCGAAAAUUUGAUCAGUCGCCUGGCCGGAUUAACGGCGGUGGCGGAACUGUGAAGUUAGUGCAAAGCAGAGAUAUGGGGCAGGGACUCACAAGGCGAAGUCCGAGGUCGGAGCCACGCCUUCAGAAUAGAACUGAGAAUGCAUAUCGUAGGUCAAGAUCCCCGGCCUAUAAUCGAACCGACGGCGGAGGCUCCAGACCAGCCGCCGGCCGAAGCCCAUCUGUCCGGAGGUCCGGAAUGUCUCCGGGAAGGGAACCAACACCGGGAAGAGAGUAUUACCGAAGGGAACCAGGGCAGUCUCAGGAAACACAGAACUCAACAAUAGAGGGAAAAUGGCGGACUACAAAUGAGUCUCUCGAUAACCCACUUGUGUCAUUGGAAUGCUUCAUCUUCCUCUGAAAGAAAGUGGAAUAUUCCGGGCGCACAUUGCGGCCCAGUUCACUGAACUGAUGAGUGGCAUUCAAAUUUCUUGUACUCUGUUUUUAUGUCUCUUCCAUCUACGGUGUGAUUCCUAUUUUUGGUCUGGAAAUUGUAGUAAGUUGUAAAUAAUGAAUGUCCGAAAGGUCAAUUUAGGAAACAGACCGUAUAACACAGUUGGGUUUGGGUAGGCAAAGAAGUCUCUGUUUUCUCUGAAAGUAAAUCUUUUGCCAUUGCUGGCACAAAGAUUGCAUUUUUCUUUACUCUCUCUCUUAUUUAAUAUCGUAUUCCCGAGGUAUUCACUAAUCUUCGAAAAUGGAAAUUAAUUAUAUUGUUAGUACUAAUCUUACUUGAAAGAAUUAGGGGCGUCGUCGAAAUUAAGUGACCUCUGUUUUUUAUGGUACAAACAGUCAGGAUCUUCAGAGUUCAGAUCCACUCAUACGUCUGUUUAGACAAAGAGGAAGGAAGAAAGAAAGAAAGGAAAAGAAACGUAAUUAUGAGUCAGCCCCGCAGAAGAGUCCUGAAAUGAAGACUGAUCUAAAAUUCAGAACAGAGGAAGAGUGGAGAUGAAGAAUCAAUCACCAUCACCAACCAACUUUCUUUCUUCAGCAUUGGUAAUAACAACUCUCUUACAAUUGCGUCCAACUUUUGCUUUCUGUGUAUUAACCGACAAAAGUAAAACAGAGCAAGCCCAAAGCUUGAGAAUACAGAGAUGCUCCAUGACAAGAAAUGAAGACUUUUGUAGCAGAAAGUUGAACUAAAAUGAGAAGUUAAACUGUUGGGGGCAAUCUAUGUUUCUCCAUUUUCAUGUAAUAUUGAAUUGUAUAUUAUAUUAGUGAUAUGUGCUGUCCUUUUCUUGCUGAAGGCGUAUCAAUUAUUGUGGAGUGUUUUGAACUUUUGA